AUGGCGAGAACAUCAGACCGACUUUCGCAUUAUUUGAAUGACCUGGACAACGACUCUCGUCCAUUCGGAGUUGCACCUUUACGACACUAUCCAGUAUCGAAACCCCUCUACUCCCCUCGAGUCCCUCGAUCGUCGUUCAGCAGCGCCGGUAGCCCACCACCAAGUGAAGCUUCCACGCGCUCAUCUGCAAGUCGAUCGAGCUAUCAAAGCGACGCAAGUAGUCGAAGGUCAUCUGCAUCCACUACCUCUUCUGCUCCCAGCAUUCCGCCCUGGCAGCUACCCGAUCUCAACCAACAACUCGCAAUGGCGGUUGAUUACGAUCGUGGGUACGACCUUCCUUGCGAACACACUUUUAACGGCUGUCGAUAUCGAUUCCACCCCGAAUACCAUCAAGAAUGGAUUGCACACGGCAUAUCCCAUUUCUUGAACAAUCCUCUUCCGACAAAGCUGAUUUGCACAAUCUGUGAUGUGGAGUUCGAUAGCGCAAGUCAUGGUGAUACCAGGUCGAACUAUGAAGCCCGAAUGCACCAUAUCGGUCAGCACUUCUAUGAGAAUCGAACUCUGGAUCCCAACGCGCGACCAGCGACCCAUACUCGACCAGAUUACUUUCUCCUCGAACAUCUAAAUCGGACUGGUAUCAUUGAUGACGCGCAUUACUAUGCGCUCGUCAACCCUUCCGAGCGACCAGCCUGCGAAGGUCUUCAGCGUAAUGGUUUCGUAACUCCAGAGCAGAGAGAAAGACGAGAACGAGAAGAGAGACAAUCCCACAGACCACACAACCAGGCAAGAGAAGAUAGACACAGAAGAAAAGAGGGUAAACCUAAGAGCGGAAAGGGGAAAUCCACAUACCCAGCUGAAAAAUCUCGACAUUACGAUACCUACGUAUAUCGCUAG